AGGCGGCUCUGACAAGGCUGCUAAUGUUGUUCUGCUGCGGGCCGAGCAGCUAAAAUCUCCCGCCAUGACACCGCGACGGUUCUGAGGCGGCCGACCGCUUUCACGCCCGGCUGCUUCUCACCGCGCCGCACAGACGCCACAAUGAGCUCGGGGGACGCCGACGAGCCGCGGGACAGGCCCAACGGCGGCGACAAAGAGCCCGACACGGACGGCCCAGACCACGACGGCCCCCGGAGCUGCUCUCCUUUGCCGCCGGGGACGAGCGAGACCGCGCCGCCGUUGUCGUCGUCGUCGGAGGAGCCAGCCGCCGGGCCUCGGCCUGAAACCGGCGGGGGCUCAGACACUGGCCGGAGGAAGAGCCUGUUUUCCUGGAUUCAGAACAGGUCCAUUAGGCGGGGCGUGUUUGUGGACCCGGUCCGGGACAACUUCCAGACAAUGACCAGCUUGUACAGCUCCAUGAACCCGGCCGCCGACUCGGUCAACCUGAGCACCAAGACCCACGGAGCCGUGUUCAACCUGGAGUACUCCCCAGACGGGUCGGUGCUGACGGUGGCCUGCGAGCAGACCGAAGUGCUGCUGUUCGAUCCCGUCUCCUCCAGGCACAUCAAAACCCUGACGGAGGCCCACGAGGACUGUGUCAACAACAUAAGGUUCCUGGACAACCGUCUGUUCGCCACCUGCUCCGACGACACCACCAUCGCCUUGUGGGACCUGAGGAAGCUCAACUCCAAGGUGUGCUCGCUGCACGGCCACGCCAGCUGGGUGAAGAACAUCGAGUACGACACCAACACGCGCCUCCUGGUCACCUCCGGCUUUGACGGCAACGUCAUCACCUGGGAUACCAACAGAUUCACGGAGGACGGCUGUCCCCACAAGAAGUUCUUCCACACCAGAUACCUGAUGAGGAUGCGUCUGACGCCGGACUGCUCCAAGAUGCUCAUCUCCACGACCUCGGGGUAUCUGCUCAUCCUCCACGACCUGGACCUCACCCAGUCCCUGGAGGUGGGCAGCUACCGCAUGCUGCGAGCCAGACGCACGCCCCUCACUUCAGAUGGCGGUGCUCUAGCGUCCAGGGCAGCCGGACCUCGCCAGGGGAACGACUCCAGCAAGCUCCACCCCCACAGAGAAGGCAUUUCUCCCAGGAACAGCCUGGAGGUCUUGACUCCGGAGAUACCAGGGGAGAGGGACCGGGGCAACUGCAUCACCUCCCUGCAGCUCCACCCCAAGGGCUGGGCCACGCUCAUCCGCUGCUCCAGCAACAUGGACGACCAGGAGUGGACGUGCGUGUACGAGUUCCAGGAGGGGGCGCCCACCCGCCCGCUGGCGUCGCCCCGCUGCUCGCUGCGCCUCACCCACUACAUCGAGGAGGCCAACGUGGGGCGGGGCUACAUCAAGGAGCUGUGCUUCAGCCCCGACGGCCGCCUCAUCUGCUCGCCGUACGGCUACGGCGUGCGCCUGCUGGCCUUCGACGAGCGCUGCGGCGAGCUGAGCGACUGCCUGCCCGUGCAGACCAGCUGCCUGCGGGAGGUGCGCGCCAUCUACUCGCACAGCGACGUGGUGCUCACCACCAAGUUCUCGCCCACGCACUGCCAGCUGGCGUCCGGCUGCCUCAGCGGCCGCGUGGCGCUCUACCAGCCCAAGUUCUAGAAGGUGCGGCGAGGGCAUUUGUUUUAAAGUGCCCCGAGGACUCACUGGAGGAGCGCCUCAAGAGCAAGACUCUGAAGAUGAAGCAGACUCUUAAGGACACGCCCACAUUUCCACACGACCACCCCUCUCCGUGGCCUUCCGAGGGUUU